AUGGACUACUCGUACUUGAACCAAGCCAACUUCGACGGUUUGACCGGCACUACGGCCGCGUCCAACAUGGACCACGCGGCCAUGGGAUACGGUGACCUGACCGCUUGCGGCCAGAUGACGCAUGCCGCGUACCGGUUCGGUCCCACCGCGUCCAUGGCCGCCCGAUCCUACAACACGGCCAUGGGCCAUCACCUGUCGGCCGCGGCAGCCGCCGCGGCCGCCGCGUCCGGAAACGGCCACAAUGGUACGACCUCCACGUCCGCUUCGGCUGCCGCAGCUGCAGCCGCAGCCGCCCGCGGACACCACCACGGCCAUCAUCAGGACCAUCACCCGGGCCGACCGACCAUGUUUUCGACCACGAUGAACCUACCAGGUGGAUUAGCGGCAUAUAAAAGUCUUCCGUAUACAACUCAUGACAGUAUUCUAACGGAGAAAAGGAAACAAAGGAGAAUACGGACAACUUUUACUUCAGCACAGUUGAAGGAAUUGGAAAGAGCUUUUCAAGAAACACAUUAUCCAGAUAUAUACACCAGAGAGGAGAUCGCUAAACAUAUAGAGCUUACUGAGGCCAGAGUUCAAGUAUGGUUUCAAAACCGUCGGGCGAAAUUUCGAAAACAAGAAAGGUUAGCUCAACAAAAGUCAUCGCAGUCCAGUAGCAGCAGCACGGUGGACACGACUAGCAUAAAAACAGAGCCGAAACAGUGCGGUCAACCGAAAGACGUCAAACCCGGCACACCAUCCACACCCGGCAGUAUAUCCUCCAAUAAUGGUUCGACUGACAUGAAAUCAGUCAACGGAUCAGCUAUCAAGAUGUCCGAACAAUCGGAAGCAGUGAACAACAACAAAUGGCUGUUGGGCCAGGGUCAGAACUACACGCAACUGCACCACCAGCUUCAGCAGCAGUGCGGCGGUGGCGGCGGGGGUGGUGGCGCGGGCGGCGGCGGGGGCGGCAACGGAUCCGGAAAUAAUUCGCCCGCACACAAGAUGAACGGCGGCGGGGGUGGCAACGGAGGCUCGCACAACCAUAACCAUCACCAUCACCAUCAUUCUCCGUCGCAUCACCAACAGUUCGCCCAUCAUCCGUUCAGCCUUUUGGGUGCCGCCGCGGCCGCCGGUCCGGCUGGCUACCUUCUCGGUUCCGACUCGCUGAAAGUCACCGGGGGACCGGGCCCCGGUACGACAGGGUCCAAUCACGUUCUGUUCUAACCUCUAACCUAGUUCCUCUGUUCCUCCAAUUACACAGCGGUCCCUGGGAAACUUCCUUUCAAAAACUUCAAAAUCGCACUAUUAUUAUUGACUAUUACUAUUAAAAUCUCCGUUUUGUACAUAUAUACAUAAAUAGAUUAAAAAAAAAAAUUAUAUAUAUAAAUAUCAAUACGAUGUCAUAUACUAUUAUUAUUAGAGCUCGGAUUUGCAAUACUUCAACACAGAAACACAAUGCAUAAAACCGCGUAAAGUAUUAUGCGUCUAAAUAGUAGUCCAAUAAUUAUUGUUUUAACCCAAUAAAACAGAAAAUAUUUUUCCCAGUACGCGAUUAUAUUUUAAACGAUUUCGUAUGAGAUCGAUAAACUAUUAUCUAAAAAUGAAAAACUUCUUUCGAAAUUCGAAAACCGACAUAAAAAAACACCCCGAACUGAUGCAGUUAUAGAUCUUAUGAUUCGCGACGAGCGCGGUCUACAAGUCAAAAUACAUUUGUCGUUUUCGGAAAGAAUCGCGCACCGAUCGUGUAAUUGGUUUGAAAAUAAUAAUAGUAUGCAAAUGCAUUCAAAUCCGAGCCCUGACUAUUAUUAUUAAGGAAAGGUUUAUUGCAUGUAUAUUAUUUUUUUCGUAAUCGUUUUCAUUUUUUUUAUUUU